AACACAUAAGACUUUGAACAGGCUCUGGUGGUUUCCCAAAUGAGAGGAUGAAACAAACCCCAAUGAGUUGGUGGCAAGAUGGAGCUCUGCCUCUCUGCCCUGCCCCCUGCAACCUUGUGCACCGACCCUGUUCUGACACCAGCUAUGACCGGACCAAGGAGUAUGGAGCAAGUUCAGACCCAGUGACAAAGCCUUGCAUCCGAGCCAGCAACACUAUACUCACAGAACAUGAGGGCCCCAUGACCCUGUCCUGCCUCACCAACCGAACUGGAAUCUCCACAUGAUGGAUAAUCGAAGGGCAGAACCUGGGUCUUACAGAAAGGAUGAGACUGCCCCGGGACAACAGCUCCGUCACCGUAGACCCUAUCAAAAGCGAGUAUGCUGGGAAGUAUCAGUGUGAGGUCCUUAGUCAGAGAUGGAGAGAGGGUUCGGAGAGCCCAGGAGCUGAGAACCUGGGACAAGGCCCCGCACAAUGUGUCAACCAGGCAGCUGUUCCCAUCUAUGAGAGAGACCUGUCCUGGAACAAAACUCUAGACCUCAGAUUCCAGAGUUACCACCAGGGAGGACUGAGCCUCAACCAGACCACAAUAAAGGGAGCACAGAGCAGGCAGCAGAGACCCAUGGAGCCUCCCUCAGCCUCUCCCCACAGAUGGCGUGUCCACUGGCACAGGUCCCUGCUCACAGUCUCACUUUUAAUCUUCUGGAGCCCAUCUAUCACAGCACAACCCAAAAUUGAAUCAGUGCCACCCCAUGCUGCUGAAGGAUUUGAUGUUCUUCUAGCUCUCCGUAAUCCACCAGAAAACAUUUUCGUCUACAUCUGGUACAAAGCGGAAACUCCAAGAGACAGCAACAAUAGAAUUGUAUCAUAUACACCACAAGCUCAAGUAAAUGAUUCAGGGCCUGCCUACACUGGUCGAGAGACAAUAUACCACAACGGGUCCCUGCUGAUCCAGAACAUCACCAGGAGCAACGCAGGAGCCUACACACUGCAAAUGUCAACCAUAUCCGGUCUCGUUGAGGCACGUGGACAGAUCCGCAUGCACCACAUGGUGACAAAACCCUCCAUCCAAGCCAGCUUUACCACAGUCACGGAGAAUAAGGGCUCCGUGACCCUGACCUGCCACAGCAACCACACUGAAAUCUCUUUUCGGUGGCUCUUUGAAGGACAGAGCCUGCAGCUCACAGAGAGGACGAUGCUGUCCAGAAACCACGGCGCCCUCACCAUAGACCCCAUCAAGAGGUGGGAUGCUGGGGAGUAUCAGUGUGAGGUCUACAAUCCAGUCAGUUCCAGCAAAAGUGAUCCCCUCGUCCUGGCUGUGAAAUAUGAUGAUUCUGCUUCAAGAUCUGGCCUCUCAGGUGGGGCCCUUGCUGGUGUCGUGGUUGGAGUACUGGCUGGGGUUGCUCUGAUAGCAGCCCUGGUGUGCUUUCUGUGUAUCAGAAACACGGGCAGGCCAGGGCCAAGCUGACAACUCACCUAACGUGGUCACUGAAGCUGCGUAUUCUUCCCUGAACUUCAAUGCCCAGCUACCAAAGAAACCGACUUCAGCAUCUCCAUUCCCAGAAGUCACAGAAAUGAUCCAUUCAGAAGUAAAAAAGAAGUAAUGCAACCUGUCCUGCUGGCUGCACUACUGAAGUAUUUAUUCCAACCCUCUCUUAUCCCCAUCUCUAGGAGAUCCCUUUACCAUGAAGGGAAAAGGAAAGAAGCCUCCACUCUCACCCCUUCAUUCCCUAAUGCUGCACACCCAGGCUACCCGGUCACAGCCUCACCCUUCAGUGUCAAUAGAUGUCAUUGAAAUUUGACAAAGCCAACAUUGGGGGAGAGGUACUCAAACCUCCCCAUCCCUCCCCUUUCCUGACCUAGACUUUCUUAAAACUUACCUCUUCAGAGCACACUCACUCCUUCAGACCCAAGUCCUGUCCCAUCAGCGUCUAACUUGAAUUUGCCAUAACUUUGUGGGUUAUGUUCCAGAAAAGGAGAGAAAAAGUAAAAGCAACGAUAGCUUCUCCUGUCUCUCCAAAGCCCAGUGUGAAAAUCAAACACAUAACCAAUACCAAACUGGGGAAUUCUACACCUCUGUCCACUGUCAGGGUUGUCUGCCUGUAGAAUCAGGAACUAACCACUUGCUGUUUAGUAAACUUUUUAAACUAAACUUUGGCAGGCCUGUCUCAAGAGAAACCACUAGAAGCAACUAGAAAAACCAUUUGCCAAGAUCUACAGGUUAUUACUACCGGUGAAUGCAAAAGUGCAUGUAUCUUUUAAUAUAUUUAUGGACUUUAUACAAGGAACUGCUCCCAGAGGGAGGGCUAUAGCUUUAAGAGCGAGACAGCUUGUAACAGAGACCAUCUGCUGGGGUCUUAGGAAAGGAAUCAGAGAACUACCCUUCAGAGAAUUAUUUAAAUUAUUGUUAAAGAAUGAAAAUUUGGGAGUAUUGAGCUUUCAUCUUUUCUCUGAGACAUUCUGCUAUUUUAAUUUUUGUAACUGCUUAUUAUUUCUCUAAAAGAGAUUAUUUUUAUGUACUUUACCUAUACAAGCAAAUCUGACUUUGGUGAAAGAUUGGUUAAGGAACCCACCAAAAUCCCUCAGGUUCCCUUGGCCAGUAACUCCUCCACGUUUUUUUAUCAGGGGCUCCAAAUAAAAAAUAGCUAGGAGAGGCUUUCCUUAUUCAUGUUUAGAAAUGGAUCUAACUCGGUUUCUGGGCAUCUCAGACCAAUCUGUAACUAUGGCUCUAUGCCAGGUUUCUGCCUGUGCACCUUACAUUCCAUUGGGUCUGUCUGCCCCCUCCCUCUUUCUCAGGAAACCUUGACCUCUGCCAAGGUGUGUUUGGUUCUUGAGAAGUGGGAGCCCCUAAAAGGAACACUGUCACUCAUUCUAUUGGCGUUGUGUACAACAUAGAAAGCUGCACUGGUGCUGAAGCCCCUUGGGGGCAAGGGCUAUUAGAGGAUAUUAGUACAUGAGGAGAAGAUGAGGACAGAACCCUAGGCUUCUUAAACAGCCUCAGCAAUUUAUAUUUUCUUCCAUAGGCUCUAUGUGUCCCAAUGUGCCUUAGGAUAAAAACGGAGAAAGGGAGGAGAGGAAAAUGUUCUUCCCACCCAGCCUUCUUCUAUACAGAUGGAAUUUCUUUGAGCCAAUUAGAAGUAUUUUAUUAGAUUUUUUUAUUUACCAUAUGUAGUACUCUUUUUUAAUUGUAUUUAUGAAUUUCACUUAAAAAAAAGUGCUUGCCAAAACACAGAAGACUGAUUCCAGAGCCCACCAUUGGGCCAAGACCUGCAGCUGGAAGGGCCUUGAUAUGUGGCAUGAAGGAAUUUUUUGUUUUUUUUUUUUCUAUAAAUUUUAUUGAUUUAUUUUUGUUGCUGUUGUUAAGAAUAUACACAGCAAAAUAUACACCAACUCAACAAUUUCUACAUGUACAAUUCAGUGACAUGGGUUACAUUCUUUGAGUUGUGCAACCAUUCCCGCCCUCCAUUUCUGAGUUGUUCCUCCCUCAUUAUUAUUUGAUAUUGACUACUUGACUUCAUGCUUUGCCUAAGAGACUUCCUCUUAGAGGGUUGGUUGGGAGUUCUUCGACUCAGGUGCCUCUUUCAGGGUUUUCCAGGCCUGAUGCACACUGUAGACUUCCCCUCAUCCUCUCUAUGGUGUUAUUUAAUUUCUCCUGGCUAAGCGUACUUCUGAAUUAUUUUUAAAAUCGAUUUGCCCUAUAUUUGUAAUAAAAAUUAUUUAUCAGACAAGAACAUGUAGCCUCAUAGUUGAUACUUCUUUACAGGCAGGAGAAAGAAGGUAGUAGAAAUUUCUCAAUGUAGAAUAGGAGUAAGUCUGAAGACCUUUGCUCUAGUGACCAGAGAAUAUGGCUAAAUUCAUCUCACACCUGCUAACAAAGUGAGUAUAUCUGAAAGCAAUAGGCCAUAGCUCCAACCAGCCUGGUAAGAACUGCCUACCUUCCUGUGGCAGAGAUUAUUUCAUGAGUAAAAGAUCUCCUGGGCCUCUUUAUUAGGGGCAAAUUACAGUUCCACAAAUAUUAAACAACAUGAAAAUAUUAAAUGACUCAGGAAGCAUCAAGAUGAAAGAAAUACACACAUUGUACCAAAAAUAAUUGGCCGACAUUCAACCAUUUUAGGAGGUAGCAUACGAUCAAGAACCAAUGGUUCUGAAGGAAGGGGUCCAAGCUGCAUUGAAGGUGUUGGCAAAAAACAAGACCCCAGGAAUUGACAGAAUAUCAGUUGAGAGGUUUCAACAAAUGGAUGCAGCACUGGAAGUGCUCACUUGUCUAUGCCAAGAAAUUUGGAAGACAGCUAUGUGGCCAACCGACUGGAAGAGGUCCAUAUUUAUGCCUACUCCCAAGAAAGGUGAUUCAACAGAAUCCAGAAAGUAUUAAACAAUAUCAUUAAUUUCACACUCACAAAAAAUUUUGCUGAAGAUCAUUCAAAAGCAGCUGCAGCAGUACAUCGACACGGAACUGCCAGAAAUUCAAGCCAGAUUCAGGAGAGAACGUACAAUGGGGCAUAUCAUUGCUGAGAUCAGACGGAUCUUGGCUGAAAGCAGAGAAUACCAGAAAGAUGUUUACCUGCGUUUUAUUGACUAUGCAAAGGCAUUCAACUGUGUGUCAUAACAAAUUUUGGAUAACAUUGCAAAGAAUGAGAAUUACAGAACACUUAAUGUGCUCAUGAGGAACCUAUACAUAGACCAAGAGGCAGUCAUUCAAGGGGAUGCUGUGUGGUUUAAAGUCAAGAAAGCUGUGCAUCAGGAUUGUACCCUUUCACUGUAUUUAUGUAAUCUCUAUGCUGAGAAAAUAAUCCAAGGAGCUGGACUAUAUGAAGAAGAACACUGCGUCAGGAUUGGAGGAAGAUUCAUAAACAACUUGCUAUAUGCAGAUGACACAACCUUGCUUGCUGAAAGGCGGAGGACUUGAAGCAUUUACUGAUGAAGAUCAAAGACCACGGCCUUCGGUAUGAAUUACACCUCAACAAAAAGAUAACAAAAAUCCUUACACCUUGAUCAAUAAGCAACAUCGUGAUAAACGGAGAAGAUAUUGAAGUUGUCAAGGAUUUUAUUUUACUUGGGUCUGCAAUCAAUGCCCAUGGAAGUAGCAGUCAAGAAAUCAAAUGACACACUGCAUUGAGAAUUGGGCACGUCUACUGCAAAAGACCCCCUUAAGGUGUUAAAAAGCAAAGAUGUCACUUUCGAGGACUAAGGCAUUCCUGACUCACGCCAUGGUGUUUUCAUUCCCCUCAUAUGCAUGUGAAAGCUGGACAAUGAAUAAGGAACACAGCAGAAGGAUUGAUGCUUUUGAAUUAUGGUUUUGACCAACAAUAUUGAAUAUACCACGGACUGAUGUAAGAAUGAACAAAUCUGUCUUGGAAAGGUUACAGCCAGAAUGCUCAUUAGAAGCAAAGAUGGUGAGUCCAAUCCAUAGAGAAGAACAUCAUGCUUGAUAAAGUAGAGGAUCAGCAAAAAAAGGAAAACCCGAGGAGGAGCCAAGAUGGGGGAAUAGACAGAUGCUUCCAUCGAGCACUCUUUACAACAAAGACAUGAAAAAAAACAAGCGAAAUGAGUAAAUUUGUGAAAAGCUGGGAGCCCUGAACAUCAACGGCAAGCUUAGACAACGAACUGAGGGGCAAGGGAAGGAAGAGACCGUUCAUAAGUGGAGAGGAGUUACCGGACCCGCGGGGAGCCCUCAGGCACCAUUCCCAGAGCGGUGGCGGUGGGCAGGUACUAGCGUUUGGCUGCAGUUUCCUCAGGGAGAAACAGCCAGCCACACGGCCUCCUCGCACCUCCAGAACCUGAGGAGAACUAGCUCUCAGCAAAAGCUAAGUACUUGCGUAUAUUUUACCACUACCCCCCCCACCCCCAAGCCGGCUUCAGUGUCUGAAUCCCUGGGCCUGAGAUAGACCCUAUGACACUGGGUUUUUUUGGGGAGAUAGACCCUGGUGAGCACCUAGAGCCAUCCUCCCAGCCUUGGGGAAGGAAAAAAUUUGCAAUUGGGGGGAAAAGAUAAUUUGCUAGCUCCAUUAACUGGGGGAGCUCAGGACAGAAGCGGCUCCUGUCCAGGCAUAAACCGUCCGCGGACCUUGAGCACCUUUCACUUCUGCAUGGAACUGUGUGAGCCUAUUUUGGGAGAAUAGACCCUUGUUGGCAAACACCAACCAUUUCAGCUGUGUGGUGGAGAGGUGGGUGUUUGACAUUUGACAUUGCUUUGCCUAUUAAACAAGGUCCUCACCUAUCCACAUCAGGGAUCUAAGGACUGGUAACUCCACUCAGGUCACCCAGCCACCCGUGACAGGGGUCCAAAGAUAACUGGUACCUCCCAGUCCUUACAACCAAAAACUUUGGGUGCCCAUGGUCCCUCUGCAGAACCCACCCAUCAGCACACUCUAGGGAACAGAGACACGUUUUCCUCAGAGACACUUGGGGGUCGGUUCUCAGCCCCCUGCCUUGUUCAGAGCAUGACCCCCUGCUGCAAUCAGAUACCGGUAUAUACACCAAUCACCCCUGCCCCUCUACGACUGUAGGACACAGCCUGUACCACACACUAGAUAUCAGCUAAACCUGGAAACCUGAGCUGAAUUCAUACAAGAAAACUGAAUGGACUCCUAGACUGAUAUACCUGAUAACACCUCUAGCCAGCUGGGGACAGGACACCAGAGCUCCAAAGGUGAAAAUAAUCAAGCUAGCUCACUCAAGCAACCCAUAGGGGUAUACCAAAACAAAACAAGCAGCUACGACACACUAAGUAAGCAUAAACUAAUGCAAUAACUUAUAGAUGGCUCCGAGACAACAGUCGAUAUCAAGUCACAUAAAGAAACAGACCAUGAUCACCUCAACAGGCUCUCAAAACAAAGAAUCGAGGGAUCUUCUAGAUGGAAGUGCAUUCCUGGAAUUACCAGAAUCAGAAUACAAAAGUCUAAUAUACAGAACCCUUCAAGACAUCAGGAAGGAAAUGAGGCAAUAUGCAGAACAAGCCAAGGAACACACAGAUAAAGCAACUGAAGAAAUUAGAAAAAUUAUUCAGGAACAGAACGAAAAUUUUAAUAAGCUGGAAAAAUCCAUAGACAAACAGCAAUCAGAAAUUCAGAAGAUUAACAAUAAAAUUACAGAAUUAGAUAACUCAAUAGAGAGUCAAAGGAGCAGAAUUGAGCAAGUAGAAGCUAGAAUUUCAGAACUCGAAGAUAAAUCACUUGGCACUAAUAUAUUUGAAGAAAAAUCAGAUAAAAGAAUUUUUUAAAAAUGAGGAAACCUUAAGAAUCAUGUGGGACUCUAUCAAGAGAAAUAACCUACGAGUGAUUGGAGUACCAGAACAGGGAGGGAGAACAGAAAAUACAGAGAGAGUUGUUGAAGAUUUGUUGGCAGAAAACUUCCCUGAUAUCGUGAAAGGUGAGAAGAUAUCUAUCCAAGGUGCUCAUCAAAAUCCACAUAAGGUAGAUCUUAAAAGAAAGUCACCAAGACAUAUUAUAAUCAAGCUUGCCAAAACCAAAGAUAAAGAGACAAUUAUAAGAGCAGAGAGGGAUAAACAAAAAGUCACCUACAAAGGAGAACCAAUAAGAAUAAGCUCUGACUACUUGGCAGAAACCAUGCAGGAAAGAAGGCAAAGGAAUGAUGUAUUUAAAAAACUGAAGGAAAAAAAUAGCCCGCCAAGCAUCCUAUAUUCAUCAAAACUGUCUCUUAAAUAUGAAGGUGAAAUUAAGACGUUUCCAGAUAAACACAAGUUGAGGGAAUUCGUAAAAACCAAACCCAAACUACAAGAAAUACUAACAAGAGUUCUUUGGUUAGAAAAUCAAUAAUAUCAGGUAUCAACCCAAGACUAGAACACUGGGCAGAGCAACCAGAAGUCAACCCAGACAGGGAAAUCCAAAAAAAACAAAGCAAGACUAUUAAAAAACAAAACAAAAACAAAAAACCAACAGAGGGUAACAGCGAUGUUAUUAUAUAAAAGAAGACUACAUUAAAAUAAUAAAGAGGGACUAAGAAAUGUAAUCAUCCACCUUCCAUAUGGAGAGGAAGGUACGGCGAUACAAAGAAAUAAAAGUUAGUUUUAAAUUUAGAAAAAUAGAGGUAAAUAAUAAGGUAACCACAAAGGAGACAAACUAUCCUACUCAACAAAAUAAAAUACAAGGGAAAAAUACAGACUCAGCAGAAACAAAAUCAACAACAAUAAAUAUGAGGAAAGGACAAUAUAUAAAGAAAUCUACUCAGCACAAAAAAUCAAGUGGGAAAAAAAACUGUCAACACACAAAAAAGACAUCAAAAUGAAAGCACUAAAUUCAUACCUACCCAUAAUUACCCUGAAUGUAAAUGGACUGAAUACACCAAUAGACAGAGAGUGACAGAAUGGAUUAAAAAACAACAUCUGUCUAUGUGCUGCUUACCAGAGGCACACCUUAGACUUAGAGACACAAACAAACUAAAACUCAAAGGAUGGAAAAAAUACAUCAAGCAAAUAACAAUCAAAAAAGAGCAGGAGGAGGCGGAGCCCUCUUACAACAAAGACACGGAAAAACAAGUGAAUCGAUCACAUACAUAACAAUCUACGAACCCUGAACAACAAACACAGAUUUAGAGACGGAGAACGAACUAAUACGGGGAAGCAGCAAUUGUUUCCAGAGCCUGGAGCCAGCGUACCAGUCAGGUACGGCACAAGCACAGAGAGCGGCUCCACCCCCCUGAACUAACCCCGGGAGGGGGACCAGCCGGUUCCACGGGCGGUGUGGGACGCAGCCGGUAGGAGAAGUCCCUGGGAGGCAGUGACUGGUCUUGGAGCAGGAAGAGCAGCGUCCCAGCCGGAGAACCGUCCCGCCGGGAUUUGGGCUGGACGCAGGUACGGCAUAAACACGGAGAGCUGCUCCACCCCCCUGAACUAACCCCAGGAAGGGGCCCAGCCGGGUCGCACGGGCGGCGAGGGACACAGCCGGUAGGAGAAGUCCCCGGGAGGCAGCGACUGGUAUUGGAGCGGGGAGAACAGCGUCCCAGCCGGGACACUCGGUCACGGCACAAGCACGGGGACCUGCUCCACCCAUCUGAACUAACCCCGGGAGGAGGCCCAACUGGUUCUCGGAGGCGGCACGGCCACGCGGCUGGAGGG